AUGAGCCGCCCCAGACGCAAAUGGGCGAGUUGAAGUCCAGCGGAGCAGUCGACUGCGACAAAGGCGGCAAAGAUAAGGCGAUAAGAUAACUCGACCAGGUGUAUAUGUGUGACCAUGGUUACACGGAGGGAAAAUAAAUCUGAAAGAAAUAUCUAAGGACCCCGCUUGGCACAAAAGUUUUAGUCAAUUUGCGACGUCACAGCCGGAAGUGUUGCCAACUGGCGAGCGGGAAUAAGGCACUCAGUUGCAUAAGGGUCCUGAGAGAGGAAACCGGCUAAUGCGCCUGUGCGCUUUCCAGGCGCAACCGUAGCAUAGACCCCGUAGCCCCCGGAAAAACACCCGAACCGGCGGACCAAGUCGCGCUUAUCCGCUGGCAGGGCACCCCAAUGUCUUGGCCCGGCCUUAUCCCUGGCUUUCACUUCCGCCACUCGGCUGCGACGACAGGCCGAGCUCGCAGCGCCCUGCCCACUACCACCACCAUCGCUUCCGAAAGGCCCCCUCCCCCAACUCGUGUUGGCGGUAGCCGCCAGCCGCUGCUGCGAUUGCAAAUCAGAAUCAGAGUCCGAAUCGGGAUGCUGCAGUCAGUGCUUCGGGGUAACUGACUGGCAAUGGAGUUCGACGGAGCGGCGACUGGAGCCACAGGACAUACAGAUAUAGUUACAGAUAUAGCAGCUAUCUUCGCCUAGCCCGACAUGAUUGUGAUGAGCAUCUGGUGCAGCAGCCUCAGCCUGAGCAGCCGCAGCCUGGCCAUCGCCCUGGUGGUCUGUGUGACACUGGUCUACUUCUCCUACAGCUUCAACGCCUGCCUGCUGGCCAGCAUCAGUCGCAGCUUGCAGCAGAGCAACUUACGCAACCUACUGGCCCUCACAUCUCCGCCACGCAACGAGAGCAGUGACGCGGGAAACAACAGCACCGGCAGCAGCAGGGGCAGCAACAGCUCCUCCACCACCAGUGCUCCACCGGCUCAGACGGUGACCAGCAGCUUGGAUGGGGCACCCAAGUAUCAGCUGCUCCGGCAGCAGGGCCUCCGACCAUCGCGCCACUUGCCCGAUACACUCAUCAUUGGCGUGAAGAAGAGCGGGACUCGGGCGCUGCUGGAGUUCAUCCGCCUGCAUCCAGACGUCCGGGCCGCCGGCUCCGAAGUUCACUUCUUCGACAGGCACUACCAGCGCGGAAUACGCUGGUACCGCCACCACAUGCCCUACACCAUCGAGGGCCAGAUCACUAUGGAGAAGACGCCCAGCUACUUCGUCACCAAGGAGGUGCCACAGCGCGUCUACCACAUGAAUCCAGCCACAAAAUUGCUGAUUGUGGUGCGGGAUCCGGUGACUCGGGCCAUCUCCGACUACACACAGGCGGCGAGCAAGAAGGUGGAUAUGAAGCGCUUCGAGCAGCUGGCCUUCGUCAACGGCAGCUACUCGGUGGUGGACACCAACUGGGGGCCGGUGAAGAUCGGCGUCUACGCCCGCUUCCUGGAGCGCUGGCUGCUUUACUUUCCGCUCUCGCAGCUGCUAUUCAUCAGCGGCGAGCGGCUGAUCAUGGACCCCGCCUACGAGAUCGGUCGCGUCCAGGACUUUCUCGGCCUGAAGCGCGUCGUCACCGAGAAGCACUUCUACUUCAACGCCACCAAGGGCUUCCCCUGCCUCUUUAAGUCGGAGGCCCGCUCCACCCCGCACUGCCUGGGCAAGACCAAGGGUCGCAACCAUCCGCACAUUGAUCCCGGGGCCAUCGAGCGGCUGCGGGAGUUCUACAGGCCCUUUAACAACAAGUUCUACCAGCUGACGGGCAUCAAUUUCGCCUGGCCAUAGGAUCCCCAGGCUGGGUGAGUAGCCUAGAACUAAAAUGUUUGUAAGGGAUAGGACUAAACCCAUGCCUUUAAGGGCACAAUAUAUCAUUGUCCUAAUAUCCCUAUCUACCUAUAUUUCAGCAUACGGGAAACUAAGUUGAGUUAAAUCAAGAAAUUUUGAGAUAUUGUUGUUGCUGGCCAGGCAACGGACUGAUAUUGUUACUUGCAUUUUUGAUACAUAUAAUUGUACUUAUCUAUAGUAUAUACACAUGUAAAAUUAGUGCUCAAUUAAUUGUAGCUUUAUCAGGAGACAGAUUCAACGAAUUCACUCAAACAACACGGUUCCUCACUCAAAUUCGAAUGAAAAUCAACUCACUUUUCCCCCACUAUUUACUUGAAAAUCAAAACAGUGGGUGGCAAGUCCCUUUCGUCGUCGCAGGCUGAAAGCGGACUUCCUGGCCACCGUGCACACUCAAUGCUAUCUACUACCACAUAUACCUAAGAUAAUUAUGUGCAUUUAUAUACAAAUAGUGAACAAAUAGAGCUUACUACGAAAUUCCUACAGUCUCCUAUAUAUAUACAAUGUAUAUAUAUAUACAAUAUAAUACAAAUAGUUCCAAGAAUUUCAAUUGCAUGACUCAACGAAUCAAAUUGCUUAGCUAAUUUCAAUUAAAACAUCACCUAAAUAAAUCUAGUCAAACUGAAA